UUCAGAAGAAAAGGUUUUAUUGUUCCCCUAUUCUUGCAACAGUUCUCAUUUUUCUUUUUCAAGGCUUUAAUGGGCAAGAGAAUAAGAAUUGCAAGGAGGGACACCAAGCAAUCCAUUCGAAAGUGGGGGAAAGGAAAUUUGUAGAUCAGAUGCAACCAAAGAAUGAUGAAACAAAGCAAUUACAAAGUGGAAUUAAGAGAAGUCUUCCUCUGGUCAAUUGGCUUCCUAACCAUACAAUGAUUGAUACAGAAGAAAGACCAUAUAAAUCCAUGGAGUGUGGAAAAUGGUUUAAUAAAUUCGAUCAUCUCAUUUCUCAUGACAAGACAUAUUCAGAAGAGAAACAAUUUACCUGCAUGGAGUGUGGAAAGACCUUCUCUUACAGUUGCUAUCUUAUAACCCAUCAAAGGAUCCACACAGGAGAACGACCGUAUAAAUGCAUGGAGUGUGGGAAGACCUUUACUCGUAGCAGUCAUCUUAAAACCCACAGGAGGAUCCACACAGGAGAAAAACCAUAUCAAUGCAUGGACUGUGAUGAGACCUUCUGUUAUUAUAAGACUUUUAUAGUCCAUCAAAGGAAUCACAGAGGAGAAAGUCCUUAUAUAUGCAUGAAAUGUGGAAAAACCUUUACUUGUAGCAGUAGUCUUAAAUCUCACAAUUUGAUCCACACAGGAGAGAAGCCAUAUCAAUGCAUGGAGUGUGGAAAGAGUUUUAGGAAGAGUGGUAAUCUUAAUUCCCACAAGAGGAUCCACACAGGAGAGAAACCGUAUCAAUGCAUGGAGUGUGGGAAGGCUUUUCGUCAGAGUAGUAAUCUUACCUCCCAUAAGAGGACCCAUACAGGAGGGAAACCAUAUGUGAGAAAUGAUAUAAGUUUGUUAUAGUUAUUCCUGCAAAGAUAAACCAUUUGGACUCCAUAUUUAGCCUAAGAACGAACCAAGAUAACAUGCUAAGUAACAGGUCUUAUUUUUGACGAAAACAUGUUUAUUCCUGAUUUUGCAAGAACAUUGUUGGCAGGGCACAUAAUAAUUCUUGGGUCAUUGGGGGAUUUUUGGAA